GCUGCACGUGCACAUGUGUAGUGAACAAAAACAUAACCUGUAAGAUGUGAAAUUGUUAUGAACAAUAUUUAUUUUAGUUAAUUUGUAUAUGAAUAAAAGUUUAACGUUAGAAAGUAAGGAAGUGUUUUAAAUACAGUGCAAUAUUUCUUCGAUAGACAAUCAACAAAUUCACCAUAAGACAUAUUGCGCCAUUAUAGAACAGCUUGUGUAUACUUUGUGGUUAAACUGUGAUACUAAUAUAAGUCUUAAAACAAUGACAACUUUUGACUUUACAUGGGAAAAGAACAAGAAACCACCAAAAGGUGUGUUGAUUGCUAAAAAGAGGAAAGCUGCAUCUGAGGACACUAUUAUUCCAAAGAAAUUAGCUAAAAAUAAGAUAUUAAAUAAAUCUGACAAUACAAAGAUUAAAAAGAAAGCAGAAAAUCCACCCAAAGUAGUAAGUUCCUUAGAAACUAACACAGCAAAUACACAACAAGGAGCAGGAAACAAAAACCUUGAUAUUAGGCAAACAGCAAAUAUUUUAAAUAAUGAAAGAAGUAAUGAUUUUAGUUCUAAUACUGGGCCGAAAUUUAUAAAACGUAAAUGGAAGAAAGACAAAUUAGCAGCCAAGAAAGCAGCAGCUGAAGGUAACACUCCAACCACUAUUGAUACAUCGAAAAAACACCAGCAAUAUUCUCUAUUUAACAUAGGACAUAAAGAUGUUUACGUCAAAGGUAAUGCAAAAGGUAAAUCAGUAGUAGAAAAGGUUUUUAGUGCAGAUAAAAAGUUUAGUAACUUAGAUAUUCACAAAUACAUAGUUUCUAAUUUGGAAAAACAUAAUUUUACCACUCUGACAAAUGUACAAGAAAAAUCUAUACCUGCAAUACUACAGGGACAGAACGUUUUGGUUAGAUCUCAGACUGGUUCUGGUAAAACACUAGCAUAUGCUGUUCCAGUAUUGCAAGCUCUACAAAAUAUUAAUCCGAGGAUACAACGGACUGAUGGAGUGCAAGUUAUAAUCGUGGUUCCGACUAGAGAAUUGGCCUUACAGUCCUACGAACUAUUUAAAAAGAUCAAUACUUUCCAAUGGAUCGUCGUCGGAAAUUUAUGCGGGGGAGAAAAUAGAAAUACAGAAAAAACUCGCCUAAGAAAAGGUGUACAUAUUCUAAUUGCCACACCCGGAAGACUUUUAGACCACAUGCUGCAUACGAAUGCGUUCAAAACGAACAACGUUAGGUGUUUAGUCUUAGACGAAGCCGAUCGUUUGCUCGAUAUGGGAUUUAAAAAGGAUAUUGUGAGAAUAGUUGAAGAAUUGGACAACGCAAAGGCAAACGCUGAAUACAACCCGCUAGCUUUACUAAAGAAAAAAACUUUUACCGAUAACGGCGACGAUGAUGUUAUAGAAACUACAGAAACUGAAAACGUCUCCCAAAAAAUGUCCCUAGGAGAUCCUAGCAGUAAAAUCAGACAGACAGUGCUCUUAUCUGCUACGCUUAAUAAAGGCAUAGCAGAAUUGGCUGAUUUCACGAUGAAGGAACAUGUGUAUAUUGAUGCUUUGGACGAAUUUACAACUCAGAAUCCGGAGAUGAUGGUUAUACCUAACACUGUACAACAAAAGUUUAUAGUAACGCAUGUCAAACAUCGACUAUUUACAUUAUCGGCUCUGAUUUUGUCGCAAUCGAAAACGAAUUCAAAGGUAUUUGUUUUUAUGGGCACGAGUAGUAUGGUCGAUUACCACUACGAACUUUUUACCAGGUAUUUGGUAAAAAUGCCAAGACAAAGAGGACAAUUGACAAAUAAUCAAGUAAUUGUACUCGAAGAAGACGAAGAUAGCGACGAUGAGGAAAUAGUUGCAGACGUAGAAAUCUUCAAACUUCACGGCAACAUGGACCAAAGUGCCAGAAAGCAGGUGUUUACCAGUUUUAGAGCUGCUAAAAAGGGUGUUCUGCUAUGUACGGACGUAGUUGCGAGAGGGAUAGACGUACCAGCCGCUGAUUGUAUUGUACAGUACAACGGUCCUCAAAGCAUCGAAGACUAUCUUCACAGAGUUGGUAGAACGGGACGAGCUGGAAAAUCAGGCACGUCUUAUAUAUUCCUAACGCAUGAAGAACAGGAUUUCGUUACCGAAAUGGAAAAGCACAGAGUUUAUUUACAGAAACAAGACACAGACAGGUUUUUAGAAAGUCUAAGUGUCAUAAUGGAAGAAUCUGACUUCGAGAAAGCUGCCACCGCUCUUCAAAAGCGAUAUGAAAGCGCUUUAGAAAAAGAUAAAGAGCUGCAUCGAGCAGCAUGUAGUGCUUACUCAUCGUGGUCGCGAUUUUACAACACUUAUUCCAAUAAAAUGCGACCAAUAUUCGACUUUAAAAAGGCCAAUUUGGGACACUACGUAACUAGUUUCGGAUUGAAGGAAACCCCCACGGCGGUAGCCAGGAUCGUGAAAGGACAGUUCGUUAAAAAGGAAGCGCCGAGACUGAAUAAGAAGCUUGCAAAUCAUGAAGAUGUUGCUCCUCCACCAAAAGCGCCCAAAAAGAAAAAGAUAAAAUCGCUCAGUUUGACGACGUCGGAGUUUUCGAGCGGUUUGGAGCCUGUUAAAAAGAAGAAAAAGAAAACAUUUGAGGAUGAAUGAACUGUUUCCUUAAUUCAUAAUAGAUUUCUAAUAAUAUAUUGUUUAUUUUUUUUUUUUUUUAAUAAACUUUAUAAAUUUU